CCUAAAAAGGGGACGAAGCUUCCUAACACUUUCUACGAAAACACAAAAGCAAUUUACUUUCCAUUGCUCUCUCUGCACUUCAGUUGUCACAUUGCGUCGGUUACUCCAACAAUCGUGAGAAAAAAAAAUUGUUGUGUCAAAUCUGGUGUCAUCUCUCCUGCGACAGUCACAGAAGAUGAGUGGUGAAGAAAAUGUGAAAACGUCGCCGUAUAGGCGGCAUCAGAAUAGUAAUGAGGAUUUGGAAGCUGGAAUUAAUGGCAGCAGUAGCAGGUCUAUGGAUUGUGGUGGAAGUCCUUUUGAUAUUCCAAGGACUAAGAGUGCUCCUAUUGACCGCUUGAGACGCUGGAGGCAAGCUGCGCUUGUCCUUAAUGCUUCUCGUCGAUUUCGAUAUACCUUGGACUUAAAAAAGGAAGAAGAAAGAAAGCAAUUGAUUGCUAAAAUAAGAACCCAUGCCCAAGUUAUUCGGGCAGCUGUUCUUUUUCAAGAAGCGGGGCGAACAGUCAAUGGGGAUGGGGCUCUUAAGACGUUGCCUCCAACUACUACCUCCCUUGGCGAGUUUGAUAUCGGCCAAGAGGAGCUGUCGUAUAUGUCUAGAGAGCACGACGUCCCUGCUUUGCAGCGAUGUGGAGGGGUUAAAGGGGUGUCAGAGAAGUUGAAAACAAAUUUAGAUAAAGGAAUUGAUGGAGAUGAAGUAGAUCUGCUGAAACGGAAGAAUGCAUAUGGAUCCAACACAUAUCCUCGGAAGAAAGGGAGGAGUUUCUGGAGGUUUGUCUGGGAAGCUUGCUGUGAUACAACCCUGAUUAUUUUGAUGGUAGCCGCAGCUGCAUCAUUGGCGCUGGGCAUAAAGACUGAGGGUAUAAAAGAAGGAUGGUACGAUGGAGGAAGCAUUGCUUUGGCAGUGAUUAUUGUCAUAGUUGUGACAGCUGUUAGUGACUAUAAGCAAUCACUUCAGUUCCAAAAUCUUAAUGAAGAGAAGCAGAACAUACAAAUUGAGGUUGUUAGAGGUGGGCGGAGAAUUCCCGUUUCAAUAUUUGAUGUAGUUGUUGGUGAUGUUGUGCCUCUGAAAAUUGGUGACCAGGUACCUGCUGAUGGAAUAUUAAUCUCGGGUCACUCUCUCGCGAUUGAUGAAUCAAGCAUGACAGGAGAGAGCAAGAUUGUUCACAAGGAUUCAAAAUCACCUUUCCUUAUGUCUGGAUGCAAAGUAGCCGAUGGCUAUGGAACGAUGCUGGUGAUAGGCGUUGGAAUAAACACAGAAUGGGGAUUGUUGAUGGCAAGCAUUACGGAGGAUAAUGGAGAGGAAACACCAUUGCAGGUCCGUCUGAAUGGGGUGGCAACCUUCAUUGGUGUAGUUGGUCUCACUGUAGCUUUAGCUGUUCUGAUUGUCCUUAUGAUCAGAUUCUUUACUGGGCAUAGUUAUAACCCAGACGGCACUGUUCAAUUCAAAGCUGGGAAAACAAGGGUUGGCAAGGCUGUAGAUGGCGCUAUAAAGAUCUUCACUGUUGCUGUUACUAUUGUGGUUGUGGCAGUGCCAGAAGGACUUCCUUUGGCAGUUACCCUAACGCUUGCCUAUUCAAUGAGGAAAAUGAUGGCAGAUAAGGCUUUGGUGAGAAGGCUUUCUGCUUGUGAAACUAUGGGCUCUGCAACUACAAUUUGCAGUGAUAAAACUGGAACCUUGACUUUGAAUCAGAUGACUGUGGUUGAGGCAUUUGUCAGCGGUAAAAAGAUUAAUCCACCUGAUGAUAGAUCUGCAGUGCCUCCAACUGUGUUGUCUCUACUCUAUGAAGGAGUGGGACUGAAUACCACUGGAAGCAUUUUUGUUCCACAGGGUGGUGGUGCUGCUGAGAUUUCUGGAUCGCCGACAGAGAAAGCUAUUCUCCAAUGGGGUGUCAAUCUAGGGAUGAAUUUUGAUGCAGUACAAUCAGAAGCAUCCAUUAUUCAUGCUUUCCCAUUCAACUCAGAGAAAAAAAGAGGUGGCGUUGCUGUGAAGCUGCAUGAUUCUGAGGUUCACUUGCACUGGAAAGGGGCUGCUGAGAUUGUUCUGUCUUGUUGUACAAGUUUCAUUGAUGAGAAUGGGUCGGUGGUUCCUCUGGGUGAUGAUAAGGUGUCACAUUUCAAGCAAUCCAUCAAUGACAUGGCAGCAUCAAGUUUGCGAUGCGUUGCUAUUGCCUACAGACAAUAUGAUGUCGAGAAAGUUCCCAACGAAGAAGAAGUAGAGCAAUGGCAAAUACCUGAGGGUGAUCUGGUAUUACUUGCCAUUGUUGGCAUUAAGGAUCCAUGCCGACCAGGUGUAAGAGAUGCAGUUCAGUUAUGUAGUGAUGCUGGAGUGAAGGUAAGAAUGGUCACUGGUGACAACUUACAAACAGCAAAAGCAAUAGCUUUGGAAUGUGGGAUUCUUAAGUCUGAUGCUGAUGCAACUGAACCAAACCUGAUUGAAGGGAAGAGGUUUAGAGCUUUAUCGGAGGAAGAUAGAAAGGAAGUGGCAGAGAAAAUAUCGGUUAUGGGAAGAUCUUCUCCUAAUGAUAAGCUCUUGCUUGUUCAAGCACUAAGGAGUAAGGGCCAUGUUGUAGCUGUAACUGGCGAUGGCACUAAUGAUGCUCCUGCACUACAUGAGGCCGAUAUUGGUCUUGCUAUGGGCAUUCAAGGAACAGAAGUUGCCAAAGAAAGUUCAGAUAUCAUCAUCCUGGAUGACAAUUUUGCUUCUGUUGUGAAGGUUGUCCGAUGGGGCAGAUCCGUAUAUGCUAACAUCCAGAAAUUCAUCCAGUUUCAGCUAACUGUUAACGUUGCUGCUCUUAUUAUUAAUGUUGUUGCUGCAGUUUCUGCUGGUGAUGUCCCAUUGAAUGCUGUUCAGCUACUUUGGGUAAAUCUUAUUAUGGACACCUUGGGUGCGCUUGCACUGGCCACAGAACCACCAACUGAUCAUCUAAUGCGCCGAGCUCCUGUUGGUCGAAGGGAACCUCUCGUCACCAAUAUAAUGUGGAGAAACCUAUUAAUACAGGCUCUGUAUCAAGUUACAGUUCUCCUAAUCCUCAAUUUCCGAGGUGAACAAAUUCUGCAUUUGGAGCAUGAGACGAGGGAGCAUGCUGUUAAAGUGAAGAAUACCUUGAUUUUCAAUGCUUUUGUCCUGUGUCAGGUUUUCAAUGAAUUCAAUGCUCGGAAGCCAGAUGAGAUAAAUGUAUUCAGAGGAGUCCACAAAAACCGUCUGUUCAUUUCAAUUAUCGGCUUCACAUUGGUGCUUCAGGUUAUCAUAAUAUUCUUUCUUGGAAAGUUCGUUUCAACUGUGAGACUGAGUUGGCAGUUGUGGCUUGUUUCAAUAGUCAUUGGACUUAUAAGCUGGCCCCUUGCUGCUCUUGGGAAGUUGAUACCUGUCCCUGAGAAGCCAUUUGGGGAGUACUUUUCCAAGAAAUUACCGAACCGAAGAAAUCAACAAGAGUCUUCAUAGACAUUUAUACAUACACGAAAUUAACUAACAAGUGUGUCUGCAUUUUGUAAGGGUGGCGUUUCUUUUGCUACUGUACAGAAAUUCGCCGCUAAUAUUUUACUAGUUGGGUCAUUUUGUGAAUGUAGUAGGACAGUAUAAAUAUAUAUUUCUUGAUUGCCUCUAUAAAUUCGGAUGUAGUCGCCUCUGCAGCAGAUUCGAAUUUUGCUGGUAUGUACUCCACUUAUGUUCUCGGAGGUGAAAAAAAAAAGCCUUUUCUGCUGUUCAUUUAACAUGAAUCUAUCAGUUAUACGAGGAAUUGAUUGCUUAGCAAUUUGCUUUA